AACUACAGAAGUGAUCGGCAUGAAUCCCAUUACUCUAACCCUUCGGCGCGUCUUCGCAAAGGCUUGAUCGAUCUUAUCUGUAACUAGCAGGUCGCACGGGCGUUCUUCUCCAGCAAUGUCAAACGACUGGGCUUUCUGGGGCUUGCGGGAACCAGGUUUUAGAUGAACGAGUUGUUGAUCACGACUGGAAAUCUCCGGACGAGGAUAUAUACCUUGGAUUUGGCCUCAUGUUGGAUGGCCAUCAACCAGUUCUUCACAGACAGUUGUCUCAUACACUCUCUUUGAGCAGGCCUUUCUUCGCUCUUGUCGUCAUUCUCUAGAUAUCCUAGCGGUAUACAUACAUUCUUUUGGCUGUGCCACCAUCUUUGCUAUCAACAUCGCCUGUCUCUCUCUGUCUCAAACACUUCUUCUACAUCUCGUAUCAAAGACAUCACUAUCAAGAUGAAAAACGCCGUCAUCCUCGCCGCUCUUGCGAGCACCACAGCGGCUUACCCGUUCAGCGACUACCUCGACGCCAUCUUCGGCACCAAGGAGUCCCGUCAUGCUCCUCCUCCAGAGCUGAUGCCCGGUUUCGCCCCAAUCGGAACCGGCACAGCAUCUGGCAUUCCUUUCCCUACAGCAACAGGAGCAUUUCCCAUCGACGGUAUGCCACCUGUCCGCCACCGCGUCCGAAACUUGGCUAUCGACUACCAGCUCGCCCCAAGACAGGGCCCCGGAGCCGGCAGCGCGCUACCCAGCUUCUCGUUGGCGGAGCCCACAGACGGUACUCCCGCUCUGCCUACAGAAACGGAGGGAGGCUUCCCUGGCCUUCCCACAGGACUCCCCACAGGCCAGCCUGACGCUCCAUUCCCAUUCCCAACGGGUGGACCCGACAUGCCUUCCCCUACUGGCGGCUUUCCCAAGCCCCCUGGUGGACCUGAUAUGCCUUUCCCAACCGGUGGCUUUCCUAAGCCACCUGGUGAUGGUCCUUCUCCAUCAGACAUUCCUUUCCCAACCGACCUUCCUUUCCCCAUGCCCACCGGUGGCUCUCCGUUUCCCUUCCCUGGUACCGGCAUGCCUGGUCUGCCCACUACAAUGCAGACUCUGACUCGCGGUCCCCAGCCCACGGGUAUGCCUGAGCUGCCUGGUUCGGAGAACGGCGAGCAAGGACCUGGCGAUGACGCCCCAGGAGGCUUCUUCGAUUGGCUCAGCAGCCUGUUCGGCGGCGGCAAGAGUGAGAUGAGCUCUUAGAGUCAUUGCUUUCAUCACGUCUACCCCAGAAAAGGGAACGUGGUGAAGAAAGGAUGGAACAGUGUGUACGACUAAGACGUCUUGAUGGCGCGACAUUUCAAUUCUUUCCACAUACUUUAUACACUCACACUUGAUCCCAAAACAUAGAGAAACAACAAUGUACGCCAUAUGCUUGUCUCAA